UGACAGGUCUGCUAGCACAACAUCUAAAGUCAGCAAUCACAGGAGUCUGUUCAUGUUCUGGAUGUUUACAGCAUGGCUGUGUUUGAGAACUGCUCGGUGCUUUUGGAGCUGAAAAAUCUGCCGUUCAAGGAGAGGAAGAAGUUGAAGUCGGCUAUAACAGAAAAUGGAGGCAGCACGUCCUUUGUGGUCAACAAACAGUGCUCUCUGAUCGUGGUCAGUGACAUAUCCAACCUGAGCUCCAACAGGCUUCGUAGUGUCCAGAGGUACAAAACGCCCGUGGUCGGGGUGGAUUACGUGUACAGCUGUUUGGAGAGAGGAACUCUUUUGCCUGUGGAUGAAUACAAACUGGAUACGUCCUCUCUCUCUGAUUUUUCUCCCGCUCCGUCUCUCUCCUCACCAAGGCGAGAUCCACUCUCACAUCAAGUAACUGAUGUACCAACAACCAGAGCAGUUGCUGGGUCGUCCAAAGGUCGGGAUGUGGACUCUGUAAGGCUGACUCAGAGCGUGGAGACUCAAGAAAAGAGUGGGAGCAUUCUUGAAAGGUUCAGAAUUUAUACUGAAGCUGAUCAUGAUCUUCCAACAUACCCGGAUCAUUUUCAAGUGGCCAAAUAUUCCAUCUUUGAAAAGGUUAACAGCAACACUUGGUGCAUUCUGGAGCUGCAGAGUUCUACAGGAAAGAAAGGACGGCAGUACCGUGUGGUCAAGUACUGCAAGCAUGAUAUAAGAUCAGAUAAAGCAGCAGUGAGGGAUAUGCUGGUGUUUCUGUCCACCUCAGAGGAAGCUCUAGAGGUCUACCAGGCCCUGAAAGAGACCCUGCAGGCUUCAGGUCUGCAGCUCAGGACCAGCAUCCCUCCACGGGCCCGGGACCUGGGCUCCUCCCCCCUCCAGCAGCUGCUGCUGGAGGAGAAGCUGAACACGGGAAGCUUGUCGCAGAGUGUGGGCUUGUUUGUGGAAUUAUUAUGGACCGAGGCCCUGGGUUGCCUUGGAAACAUCCUCAGAGUUUCAGUCGACAAGCUCAGCCUCAACGAUGUGAGCAGGACAGAGGGCUUGUUGAUUCAGGCUCAGAGAAAGCAGAGGGAAGGGAAUCAUGCUGAGGUGGCGUCUCUUCUGAAUGAGGUUUACACCCUGCUGCCGCACAGAGAGCUCCCUCCACCUCCCAACGCUAAGCUCAUCUCUCAGAAACUGGACCUCUGUCAGUUAAUCAGAGAUGUUCUGAACGUGAGUGAGAUGACUCUGAGAAGCCCUACCUGUCUGGGGAAAUAUCGCGCUCUGAGGUGCAGCAUCGAAGCUGUUCCCCCGAGCAGCUCUGAGUUUCAGGAUGUAACUGCUCUGCUGCAGGACAGUACGGUACAGAUCCAACAGGUUGUACGUGUCAGCAGAGGUGUGGAACUUCAGACUUUUAAAAGUGAGCUCGGAAACAUAAAGUCCCUCCUCCACUCCUCCGGCCCCAACAACUUUGUAGGAAUCCUAUCUCGUGGUCUGCUGCUGCCUCGUGUUGGAGUGGAGCAUCAUGGGAUAGAAAGAACAGAUGUUGGUUAUCUUGGAAGUGGAAUCUACUUUACUGAUGCUGUGAGCACCGGUCUGAAAUACUCCAAGCCCAGUGUGACAGAUGGUUCUCGGCUGCUGCUGGUGUGUGACGUGGCAUUGGGAGGAUGCAAAGACGUCCAGAGGAGAGACCCCACACUAACCCAAGCUCCUGAGGGACACGACAGUGUGCAUGGGGUCCGCCGCACCCAAAACACUCAGUCUGAGUUUGAGGAUGAUGAGUACGUGGUUUACAGUCCUGAUCAGGUGAAGCUGAAGUACGUGGUUCAGUUCAGUAUCAGUGGAGACCAACUGCAGGAGUUCAGGCCUUCUAUCAACACCUCAGAUGAGCCAAGUCUGCCCUCUUGUGACCAAGUGACGAGUUCUGAAGAUGAGGAUGAGGAUGAUAGCGAUAGCAUUGACAGCAUUAAAAACCCACUGGAAGAUGUGACAGCUGGACUGUUGGACAGUUCUGGUCAGCGGCUCCCUCUGCAGGCUGUUCAUGUGAAGUGCAAACUGAUGGAUCUGCUCUCUCAGGUCAUCAUCUUCCAAAAAUACACCAAUCUGAGCUCUGUGCCCAUUGAGGCAAAGUACGUCUUCCCAUUGGAUGAUUCUGCAGCAGUAUGUGGGUUUGAAGCUUUCAUCAAUGGGAAACAUGUGGUGGGACAGGUGAAGGAGAAAGAAACCGCUCGCAAGGAGUACAAGCAGGCCAUUGAAAGAGGCCAUGGAGCCUACCUCAUGGACCAGGACGCUCCUGACGUAUUCACUAUCAGUGUGGGCAACCUGCCGCCUGGUGCGACUGUCCUCAUCAAAGUUACCUUUGUGUCUGAGCUGAUCGUCAGAGAUGGGAGUAUUUUCUUCUCCCUGCCUGGGAGUGUUGCUCCGUGGCAGGAGAGUGAAGCGCUCAACCAAACUACACAAGUUACUGUGGAAAAAGUGUGUGUGACUGAUGAAGCAGCAAGUACAAGGGAUUUCACCCUGGAAAUGUCGAUUGAGAUGCCCUAUGAGAUCACCAGCCUGCAAUGCACCACUCACAAAGUCAAUAUGAAGAAAACAGACUGUAAAGCCGUGGUGAGUGUGCUGCCAGGAGAGGUCAUGGGUCUAGAGGGUUUCCAGCUCUUAGUCACUCUGUCUGAGGUCCACCUACCCAGGAUGUGGGUAGAAAAACACCCUGACAAGGAAAGCCAGGCAUGCAUGUUGGUUUUCUAUCCAGACUUUGAAGCAACCUCCAGUUCAACACAGGAUGAAGUCAUCCUGUUGCUUGAUACAUCUGAGUCCAUGAGGGGGGAGACUCUCGGCAGAGCCCAGAGACUCGCCCUGCAGGUCCUCGAAACCCUCGACCAUAACCUCAGACUCAAUGUCAUCUUUUUUGGAACAGAUCACACAGAUGCUUUCCAGACAGCACAGCCACUUGUUGAAGCUCGUCAGGCAGCCAAAAGCUUAAUCAAGCGCUUUUCUCAAGUAGGGGGCAGCACUGAGCUGUGGCGGCCCCUCCGAGCUCUCAGCCUCUUGCCUCCGUCCCGUGGCGUCAGGAAUCUACUGCUACUGUCAGACGGCCAUAUCCAGAACGCGGAGUUCACCUUGCAGCUGCUCAGAGACAACGUCCAGCACAGCCGCCUCUUCACCUGCGGCCUCAGCCCAACAGCCAAUCGGCACAUGCUGAGGGCCCUGGCCCAGGCAGGGGGCGGAGCCUAUGAGUACUUUGACACAAAAACACAACACAACUGGACAGAGAAGGUGGCAUCUCAGGUGAAGCGUAUGGCGUCCCCCGGCUGCAAUUCAGUGUCAGUGAAGUGGCAACAGUUCAACCCAACAGCGCCCCCUCCUGUGCAAGCCCCCAAACAGCUCCAUGCUUUGUUCAAUGACUGUCACACUCUGGUCUAUGGUUUUGUGCCACACUGCACUCAGGCCACCCUCUUUGGCAACUUGAGUGGUCAGGAGCUGAAAACCAUGGUAUCAACCAGUGAGCUGCAGAAAACCAGGGGCACAUUUCUUCACAAGCUCACAGCGAGGGCCCUCAUCAGGGAAUACGAAGAUGGAAGCCUUGAUGCUAGCGAAGCUGAACAUGAGGGGAAGAAAGCUGAGCUGAAGUCCUUCAUCAUUGAGUUAAGCAAAGAGUUCUCCAUCCUGUCUCAGUUCACCAGCUUUGUGGCCAUCGAGGAAAGGGACUCAGAGCAAACAGAGGAAGGCUUCACAGAUAUCCCCAAGUUGAUCGCAGAGGAAGAUGUCGACAUCUUGCCAUACAUGGGCUGGAUGUCUCGUGAGAGCCCUAUAUUGACAGACAUAGCAGACGUGUGUUUUGAUGGCGAUAGUUUUUCUUCGGAGGACGAGGAAGGUUGUCUUCUCGGUUCUUCGUUUUCUUUAGAGGAAGAGGAGGCUCCAAUGUUUUAUUCAGCAAUUGUCUCCGGAUCUCCACCCAUGGACGAGUCAAUGAUAUUCACAGAUUAUGCACCGUCUCUGGAAUAUCAGGCAGAUUUUCUUUGUGCAGAAAGAAAGGGCUCUUACCAUCCUCCUCCUCGUCCUCCUCCUCCUCUUCCUCCUCACGCUCCCCCUCAGUUCAAAUCUUUAUUUUCCCAAACCCAACAAUUCGCAACUGCACAUCCACCUCCACGUCCGCCUUCUUCAAUUCGGCGUCCAUUACUCUCAUUAGAUUCUCAUGAUCUUUCUCCUCCUCCUCCUCCUCACGCUCCCCCUCAGUUCAGAUCUGUAUUGUCCCAACCCCAACAAUUCGCAACUGCACAUCCACCUCCACCUCCGCCUUCUUCAAUUUGUCGUCCAUUACUCUCAUUAGAUUCUCAUGAUCUUUCUCCUUCUCCUGCAUUUGAAUAUCUCAGUGGGAGCACAAGGAUACCCACUAUCAGCCCUAAAAUGUCACAUACUGACAUAAUGGAGUUUUCCCCUGAGCCUUUGGAAUGCACAUCUGCGCGUGUACCUGCUCGAGAUAAUUGGUUUCCAAGACAAGACGCAAGCUUCUCUCUUGGUCAGACCGAACCUAAUUCUGUAGUUCAUGGACAGCCAGAGGGGCUUUCUGUUCCGAUCAGUCACGUAGGAUUUGGAGGGGGAUCGCCUUUGAUGGGAAGGUCCGGCUUUAAGGGAUUGGAAGACUCAUACCAAGUUCAAAGGCGAACUGUUGGUAAACCAAGAAGAGGGUGGACUGAGUCGAUGUCGCAAGAACACACUCCACCAAUGGAUCUCACUGUCAGGGAAAGAGUAAGCCAGAGUAAACCUCUCAAAGAAAUGUUUCCUUUAAGGGGGCGCACUGUAAAAAGCAGAUCAUGCUAUCGGCAACCUGUGUGUCACUCAGCAGUGUCUUCAGGCAAGGAGCCUCUUUUGCGCCUGUCUUCUUCAGGUCGUAGGUCCUACUUGAGGAGCGUGCCCAUUGAUCCUGAAAACCUGAAGCUCAAAUGGACAAAGAUUUUCCAGAUUCAGCAUUCAGAGGGCUACUGGGAGUUAACCCCAGAACUGGGGCAAUUGAUGAAUGUCAACCUAGACUUGUUUGCCAACGUGUUCCUGAAAAACAAGGGCAUCCAGUCUCUAGGUGUGAAAGCCCAUGCUGACAUCCUGAGGCUGGUGGCGACCCUUCUGGUUCUGCAGAUGAUGAGGGUGGAGAAGCUGGAGGAAGGAAAACUGCUCCGCACGCUUUUCCGCCUGAACGACUCCUCACAGCCCAGGCCUGAGCAGUGGGAGGAAGUGAAGAGGGCGGUGGACUGGGUUCGCUGGGCCGACUGGCAGUACCCAUGCGUCUACAGCCGGCUGGAGAUUGGUUUGAGUUGGGAAUCCUGCACUCGUCAGCUGCUGGGCUAUGAAGGCCUCCCUCCCUUCUCACCUCUCAGUGAUCUGAAACUGCAGCAGACCCCUGCACCUCUGCUAGUACUCUGAGCAGGCCAAAAAUACAUGAAGAGAGGAUAGUGUUAAAGAAAUUCACAACAGAUUGCCUUUUUGAGCAGAUGAGAUAAUCUUUUAGAUUUAUUUGUACAUGCAUGUACAUUUCUUUGCCUUAUGUAGAGUAUUCUGAACUAUCAGUUUUGUGCAGUUGCACUAUUUCUGAAACAAACAACCUGUUUUCCUUAGUAUUGGAUCUUUGUUUCUCCAACUUUCUCUGAAUGUUCACAUAACAGUAGUUAUGGAAACACUUCACAGAUUUUCUGGAAAUUCACUUAUUAAAUGUAUGCUACCUUUGGAUGGAAGCCUGGCUUGUGAUAGAGUGGCAGGGUGGAGAGAAGGAUCAUGAUAAGUAGCAGUGUGUUACUGGUGUUGGUUUAUUGAUGUGUUACAGCCUUGUGCUGUCAACUCUUUACAUUGUGUUAUGCUUUCAUUUUUGUGGCGCAGUCUUUUCUGUUUAAUUAGAGCUGGACAAUGCUGCAGCGUCACCCAUCAGCUGAUGAGUGAUUUCCCUCCUUGUCCUACCUUUAUUCUUCAUCCUCAACUGGUCCUCCCCAUCCUCCUCGCCGGCCCCAGCCACCAAUCUCAAGCUUGCACUGUCAAUUGUCCGAACUGAUAAAAGUCACUCAGUGCAAACACCUGGGGUGGCUGUGAUUUGAUUUGAGCAGCCUCCUUGAUGUGGUGUUAACUCAGUUAUCCUGUAAUAGUUAACCCUGCUGUUAGCUUCAAUCUUGUGUGUGAAACGUGUUGUAUGGUUAACUGGCUGAGGCACUGGAUUAACAGCUCUGGGACUGUUUAAGGUAACAAUUGAAAUAAAUUAGUAGUAUCAAAAUUUCUCCUGUCAAACAAUACCUGCAAUCGAUCCUUUUUACACCCAGAGCUAGAAAAUGACUAUUUGACUUUCUACUGAUUUUUGAGCAUUUUGUAUUUAAUAAAUAUGAAUAAUUUGAAGACUUUCAAAAUCAAGUCAUUUAGAUGGGGAGGAGUGGUGGCAUUUUAGGCAAUGUAAUGCUUCUAUUCACAUGAUGGGUAUUGAAUGUGCUCGAUUAGAAUCAGUAUCACUUUAAGGGUACUUGGAUUGGUACUGGUAUCAUAAUCUUUUAAGCAAUACCAAGCCCCACUGGUUUGUGAUUGUUUGUGUUAUACUUCUGUUUUCACAGGUAACAAUAGUGACUUUGUUUUGGCAUUAGUGAAUUAGUAGGUGAUCUUUGGGACUUGGAAGCAGCAUUUUGUACCUGCAGCCCUUACCUUUGUUUCUUGCCUCAGUUGUUGACUAUUUGGUGUUUAUGUUCGAGUUGUAAGUUUUCAACCUCUUAUUGUGAUCCUAAACAACCCUAAAUAAAUGACUGACUACACCAGUGUAGGAGGUAAUUUACACACAUAAUGUUGGAUCUGUAAAAUAACUUUCUGCCACCAAGUUGGCAUGUUUAAGCAUCUACAACUAGUUGUAUUUACAUGAACAAAGACAAGUACUAACGCGUAGUAUCUGUGCUAAUGCCCAUUAUAUAAGUUAUAGUACAGUGGUGUGAAACAUAUGGCCUGCGGACCAGAACCGGCCUGCCAAGGGAUCCAAUCAUUCCCACUGGAUAACUUUGCAAAGUAUGGAAAUUGUAAAAGUAGUUCCAAUUUUUCAAUGAAAUGUAUCGCUAUUUUCACUUGCCGUUCACACUUAAGACUUCUGAUCUUCCUGUGGGCAUCCAUUCAUAAAAAAAAUAGACUUGCAACUUGAUUCAGAUUUCGAGGAAAAAUUGGCCUCGGUGGGCUUGGACACAUUUUAUCAGUAUCUCUUUCAGGGUACCCAAAAUUUUGUGCAUGAUUGGGACGACUUUGUGAAUAAGCUUUUUUUAUUAGAGGAAAGUGUGAUCAAAUCAUAGCAUUUUGUGUAGCAGAAUGAUGUUUUAUUGAGUGUCACUUGCCCUUUGUUAUGGUGGUGGCUGCUAUUGCUUUUGUGUCUGUAACCAUAAACACAAUUCAAAUCUUUUAAAAUGUUUAAGUGUAUAAAGUAUUUUGUCUUGUGCUUCAUAAAUUAAA